UCUUCAUUUAUCUGCUUAUUUAAUCCUUAAAGCUGGGUUGUUGCCAUAUCAUUUGACAGGGUUUUCUAUUUUUUUAACCCUGAAAGUGAUUGCCUUGCCCAAACUACGUAUCCGUUGGCCUUAAUUUUGGGUCCCAUUUUUCUUCCCCAAGUUUUCAUUCAACACCCACUUUCUCAUAAAAAAAAAAAAAUCCCAUUUUUUUCUCUAUUCCUUUACAGCUCAUUCACAUCCACCAAGUUUUCCAUUUUUUUCCCCUCUAGGUCAUAUCCUACAAAUCGUUCAAAAUUUUCACUCUCAAUUUGUCAUUUUUUUUUCCUAUCAUGUGCCCAAAAAAUAAGGAUAUGAUAUUUUUGAUAUGGUCUUUGUGGUGGCAUUCUACGCGGGCUUCUUGAACAUCGGGGGUUUUGACCAUCUUUUUCAGCAUAUUCAGAUAUGCUUGAACAACAGAAUGGAUAUCUCCUUAAAUGGCCUUUUGUGCUAUGUCUCUAUGUUGGGUUGUUGUGGCAUUCUGUUGUUUCACAGAUUCCUUUGGGCUCUAAACUUUCUGUUUCUGAAAACAACUUUUGGGUCUCCCCCAAUAGUUAUUUUGCAUUCGGAUUCUUCAACAUUUCGGACCAGCCAAACCAGUACAGUGUUGGCAUCCGAUUCAAUUCGAAAUUGAUCCCGGUGGAUAAACAAGAUGUUGUUUGGGUUGUGGGAGCUGAUCUGACUGUUGGUGAUAGUUCUUAUUUUCAGAUUAAGAAUGAUGGAGAUAUGGUUUUGGUUGAUUCAUUGAAGGGUGUCACUGUGUGGACCAGUAAAACCAGUCUAUUGUCUGUUGCAUCAGCUGCUGUUCAGGACAAUGGAAAUUUUGUUCUGUUCACUGAGAAGAAAAAUGUAGUUUGGCAAAGUUUCGAUCUUCCUUCAGACACGCUUCUUCCGGGGCAGAACUUUUCUGUGCUUCAUACGCUUCGAGCUGCGAGCAGGAAUUCCAUGUCCAGUUACUACUCUCUAUUUAUGAAUGCUUCGGGUCAAUUGCAGCUAAGGUGGGAUAGUCAUGUCACUUUCUGGACAAGUAGAAGCCCUUCUAGUUCUAAUGUCACGGCUCUUCUCAUGUCUAAUGGGGCACUACAGAUCCGAGACCAGAGAUGGAAACCUAUAUGGUCGGUGUUUGGAGAAGAUCACAACGAUUCAAUUCGUUUCCGAUAUCUUAGGCUGGAUGUUGAUGGUAAUAUGAGACUAUAUUCUUGGUCAGAAGCUUCACGGUCAUGGAGAACGGUCUGGCAAGCUGUUGAGAAUCAGUGCAAUGUUUUCGCAACUUGUGGCCAGCACGGCAUUUGUGUCUUUACAGAAUCAGCAUCCCCUGUCUGCAAAUGCCCAUUUAGGCUUACAAAUGAGUCCAUACCAAGGUGUUUGAUUCCAACUCCACAGCUGUGCAAAUCUGGCUCUAACAUGCUCAAUUACCAGCACAUGUUUUUGUACGGGAUGUAUCCUCCGAACGAUGACCUGGUAUCGGGGAUUAGUUCACAGGAGUGCGAAAGCUUGUGCCUGAAUGACCGGCUUUGUACAGCUGCGACCUUCACCAAUGAUGGAACUGCUCGGUGCUUGCUAAAGAAAACGCCAUAUCUGAGUGGCUAUGCCGAUCCUUCUCUGAGUUCAGUAUCUUUUGUCAAGAAGUGUUCUGAUCCAAUGGCUGUCAAUCCCAGCAUUGUGACAUCCUCUCGAGAUACUAAACAUAAAGGUCCUUUCGAGCUUUGUGUUCCUUGUCUAUUGGGAGCAGUUUCAGGAACAUCUGUUUUAUUCAUUAUGGUUCAGAUGGUAGUUCUUUUCCUUAUCUUUAGAAGAAGAAGAAUAUCACUAAGGAGGAAAGCUUCCUUAGGGUAUGCAGGAGCAAACACAAACGGUUUGAUCGUGUUAUCCUUCUCGGAAAUUAAGGAUGUCACUGGGAACUUAGAGCACCAGAUCGGUCCCACAAUGUUCAAAGGCAUGCUUCCAAACAACCAGCCUGUUGCAGUCAAAGACAUGAAAUCAACCAUAGAGGAAAGGAAAUAUCGAGUUGCUGUUUCGAAGUUAGGAAGCAUUUAUCACAAGAACCUUAUUAAGCUGGAAGGCUACUGUUGCGAGUUAAACCAUAGGUUUUUGAUAUAUGAAUAUGCUGAGAAUGGUUCUAUACAGAAAUACAUAGAAGAUCCUAAGUUGUGUAAGAAACUGACUUGGGGAAAGAGAGUUGAGAUAUGCUUGAGCGUGGCAAGGGCUAUUUGUUAUCUUCAUACGGGGUGCCGGGAGUUUGUUAGCCAUGGGAAUUUGAAGUGUGAAAAUGUGGUCUUGGAUGAGAAAUUUGAGGCCAAGGUGACGGAAUUUGGGCUUCACAGAGUGAUCACUGAAACGACGUCAAGCUCUGCCUCUUCUGCAGAAAGGGAUGUAGAAGAUUAUGGAAAGAUGGUACUAACAAUUGUGAGUGGGAGCAAAGGAGAUGAAGACCUCUCUCAUUGGGUUUACAAGGAGUGGAUGGAGGGAAAUGCUCCGAGUGUAGUAGACAGAAGGAUCAACGGCGGGGUAGACUUGGGAGAGCUUGACCGAGUGUUGAGAAUCGCGUUUUGGUGUCUCCAAGUGGACGAGCGUAUGAGACCUUCUGUGAGAGAAGUAGUAAAGGUCUUGGAGGGUACAUUGAGUGUUGAUCCCCCGCCACCGCCUUUUGCUAGUCAGAGGCAGCCAGAGGAAGAAGAGUCGUCGGAUGCAGGCUCCGAACCAGAUUCCCGCCGAUUUUGAAGUUUUCCAUUUUUAUUCUCUC